AUGUCUCUGUGGCCGUCUCUCCGAGGAAGAUGGAAGAUGGUAAGGAAAAACUUGGUAAGGAGCUGUUCUCAGCUCCCCAAACAGGACUACCAGGCAUUGCUGGAAAGCUGCCUGAGGAACUACUGCCUUGAAGACGAAAGCUUUCCAGCCACCCCGAGCUCCAUCGGCUGCAUUCCCCUGCUGCAGAAGCUGCCACCCCGCAUGCAGUGGAAGCGGCCUCGCGAGCUGUACAGCAAUUCCCAGUUCUAUUCUGCCAAAGCCAAAAGGCUGGAUCUGUGCCAGGGAGUGGUGGGAGACUAUUGGUUCUUGGCUUCUUUGCAAGCUCUGACUUUGCACCAGGACUUUCUGAGCCGAGUCAUUCUCCUGAAUUAGAGUUUCACUGAAAAGUAUGCUGGCGUCUUCCAGUUCUGGGAGAGUUUCUGGCAGUUUGGGAACUGGGGUCCUGUCAAUGAGGCUGGCCAGCUGGUCUUUGUCUCCUCCACCUACAAGAACUUCUGGGGAACACUUCUGGAAAAGGCCUAUGCCAAGUUCUCUGUCUCCUAUGAAGACUUGCAGUUUAGACAGGUGUCUGAAGCCCUUGUGGACUUUACUGAGGGGAUGACAGUGAUCAUCAACCUGGCAGAAGCUGGCAACCUGUGGGACAUCUUAACCCAGACCACCUACAGCAGAACCCUCAUUGGCUGCCAGACCCACUCAGGGGAGAGGGUGCUGCAGAACUGGCUAGUGAAUGGCCUUGUCUAUACACUCACCGGGAUCAGGAAUACUAUGGAGAUGAGAAAAUGGUCCCCUAAGUUCUUCUGGAAAAGUGCUCCUGUGAGUUGACCUGAGAAAUUUCAGAUGGAGAAAGAAGUGAACCAAGAGCUGUGGCUGAACCCAGGAACAUAGUUCAUCAUGCCCUGCACAUCUGAGGUCCACCAGAAGUCAGAGUUCAUCCUUAGGGUCUUCUCCAGGAAACACAUCUUUUAUGAAAUUGGCAGCCAUUCCAGUGUUGUCUUCUCUAAGGGGAGUAGUCAAGUAGAAUUUCACAUGGCUGGGACUGUUUUCAAAGCCAGGAUGCUUAAUGCAUCAGGUUCUGUGAGCAUGCAGGAAUUCAGGGAUCUGUGGAUGCAGCUGAUGCUCUAUCAGGAGAUUUUCCACAAGCAAGACAGUCACCACUCAGGAUACCUGAACUGGGACCAGCUGAGGGCUGCCACAAAGGAGGCAGGUAGUGAUGUCUGCAAGCUGAUGCUUAUCCGCUAUGGACCUAGUCUCCAGACUGACUUUUUGCACUUUGUCUACCUGAUGCUCCGUGCAGAGAACAUGGAGGAUGUCUUCCAAAAUUUAACCCAAAAUGGCAAAGGGAUAUACCUCCAUGGAGUCUGCUCACAUCGUCAGCUACAAGUGGCUAUUGCAG